AUGAGCACAGGUGAAGAAGAGUCUGGAAGAGUGAAACUUCAAACCACAAGAAGCUCCCUAACACUCACACAGGACCUCGAUGGGAAUUUGAUUCUGCAUUGCCCUCAGAAUGUGUCAGAAAAUGAACAGGGCUUUGAGGUGACCAUGACUGCCACCACAGAAGUGGUGGACGGCGACAUUAAUGAAGAAUCCAUAACUCAGAUACAGAUCCUCCAAAAUGAGCAGCUCGAUGCCAUUUCUCCUGCAGGCAAUGAAGACAUGUCAGCAGUUAGCAGAGCAUGGUUUACCAGCAAAGAAGAUAAAGAUUCUCUCACCAACAAAGGCCACAGAUGGAAGCAAGGCAUGUGGUCCAAAGAGGAGAUAGCAAUCUUAAUGAGUAACAUAGACAGAUACUUGAAGGAACAUGGCAUUAAAGAUGCAGCUGAAAUAAUUUUUGAAAUGUCAAAGGAUGAAAGGAAAGAUUUCUAUAGGACAAUAGCUUGG